AAAAGCGAAAAAAAGGAGGUAGCGUCUUUUACUUCUCCUUCACUGAAUGAAGUAAUGAUCCUUAGAGUGGUCGAAACAGACAUGGGGGAUUCGAAGGUGGAGACCAUCUCGCGACUCGCUCAAUGGAGGAUCGAGAACUUCGGCCCUUGCUCUUACAAGAAAUCCGAUCCGUUCAAGGUCGGAAUCUGGAAUUGGCACUUAUCGGUGGAGAAGAAUCGGUAUCUCUAUGUUCGUCUAUUUCCAGAGCCAUCUCGGACGGCCAAAGAGCAGCCUCCGAUUGCUAAAUUUGUGCUUCGAGUCUCGAAUGCUGGAGCUAAUCGCAGACCCUUUAUCUCUCCAAUUAAUGAGAGAUUGCUACGAACUUGUGAAGACUUCGUUUUCCCUGUUGACUCUACAUUCCAUGGUCGCUUCAUCAUUGAUGUUGAGUUUCUUGACCUGAAGAUCUACCCUCUAAAUGGUGCAGAGGCUAUUUCCAUAUGGCCCAGUGAUGGAAUGAUGCAAUCUGUUUCAACCCAAAGCACUCUUCGAUGCCUCUCCCGCAUGCUGAAUGAGGGCAUCCAUGCUGAUGUUACCAUCAAUACUGCAGCUGGCACUAUAAAAGCUCACAAGGCAAUUCUCUCUGCGAGUUCCCCUGUAUUCCAGAGCAUGUUUCGUCACAAUCUGAUGGAAAAGGAGUCGUCCACUAUCUAUAUAGAAGAUAUGUCACUUGAAUCAUGCAUGGCACUUCUUAGUUACUUAUAUGGAACUAUUAAACAAGAGGAUUUCUGGAUGCAUCGGCUGGCACUUCUUGGGGCGGCAAACAAAUAUGAUAUCGUGGACUUAAAAGAUGCUUGCGAGGAAAGCCUCUUGGAAGACAUCACCUCAGGAAACGUUCUUGAGAGGCUGCAGGAGGCCUGGCUUUACCAGUUGAACAAGCUGAAGAAAGGAUGCUUGAUGUACUUGUUUGAUUUUGGCAAGAUAUACGACGUUAAAGAGGAAAUUAGUAACUUUUUCAAGCAGGCGGACAGGGAACUGAUGUUAGAGAUGUUUCAAGAGGUACUUACAGUGUGGAAACCGGUAUAGUUUAAAUCGAGAAAUAUCUCGAUUGCAAUUUAGGUAGUUGGUGUAUGUCUGUAGGGUUUUCGGUGUAAUAUAGUAAUUGUAUGGGCAUGCCACGGUGGGUCUUCAUCUUGUGAUUUGUGGAUAAGGAGGUUUUAGCUGUGAAAAGUAAGUAGAGUAACUACUGUAAGUUUGUGAUGGUAUAUGAUGUUGUGAUUAGUGUGCCAUCUUCAUUUUCA